AAAGUAACCAGGAACUAGCCAGGAACUGUUAAGCAAAACAUCUCACUUUAAUUGCGAGUAGAAAAAAUCAAAACAAGCUAUUUUUUCUUGUUUUCACUGCUUCACUGCGCUUGUAAAAGUGGAAAAGACUCCGCAGCAGAAUUUAUCAGAAUGGGAUCGGCGGUCAGUGUUGGUAAAAGCUCGGACGCCCGCGGAAAAUCCCUUGUAACUCAGCUGAGACAGGAAAAUGUUCGUUUACAGGCGAGAGUCGACAGGCUGUGCGUGGAAGGAAAGCGACUGAACGAAGAAAUCAACACAAUCCUCAAGGAAAGAGAAAAAGAGGAAGAAGAUCUCAGAAUAAAAUGUGAACGCUUUAUCCACCAUUCGCCGACAAAUGCGGAUGAGCGAGAAGUAUCAAGUGGGAAAGAAGCUAUUGGUGAACCUGAGGGUUUCACUGAGAAAGUCCUUCAGAUAGAACUGGACAAGCUCAUGAAAGAAAAGAGCGACUUAAAGAACGAGCUGGAAGAAUUAAAGGCCACUGGUACAUGCGAAGACCACAUGGGCCUCCUCGUUUGCCAAAGGAAGAAACAGUCGAUAGAACAGAGCAAAGUACUUUGA